AUGAAAUUUGCGUUGUUUGAAUUCACUGAAGAUAGCAGCUGUGCAGUAGGCGAAAGAAACUGGAUUGUUGAUGAAAACAAAGUCGAGAUAUUACCAAACGACGAAGUUGUCAUGAGCUGGCCAAAGCCAACAAAUUACACCAAGUGGUCGAAUAAAAAUGGUGCGAAAGCCCUGAAUGAAUCUGAAACGGUUGACAACACAAAACAUGCUGCCAAAGUCUUGAAGUUCAGUGGUAAGUUGGCAUAAACUAGUGAGUUUUUUCAUCAAAUGUUUAACCAAAUAUUGAUUCAAUGCGCGUUUCGUGUCACAUGUAGUUUGCUGCCAGGCCCCCCUGCAAAAGAGGUAGCGGGGGGGGGGGAUAUUACUGUAAAUAUUGCUUUGUUGUAUUAAGUUUAUAUUAACACCUUUGCUUCUAAGUUGUAAAUAUUAAAAUGUUUACAUAUCUCAUGUGUUGACCUGCUGUACAUGCUAUCUUACAGAUGAUUUUACAGAUAUUCGUGGCUCCAUGAACACUUAUGUUCUUACUGGUAGGACCAAAACACCAACCUGGGGAAGAGGACAAAGGCAAACGAAAAGAAACAUCAGAUAUUCGGAAGAUAAUGUGCAAAGUGCUGUUGUU